AUGAUGAAGCCCCGCCUGCGCACUCUCAAGGAUGCAUGGUCGCAUCCAUAUCAGAGUAUUACGGUAGAAUGUUGCGAUGAGGAACUUGGAAAACUUAUUCAAAAAACAUUAGAGGAUGCUGGCAGCAAUGCAAAACUGGGAAAUCUUGCUAAGUUUUUACAAAGAAGAGCCCAACUAUUCUAUCACAUGAGUUUCGAAACAAUCGUCUCAAAGUCAAAUUUCGCAAUCUCAACUCACUACCAUGGAACUCACUCUUGUCGGAUUCAUGAUAACAAUCAUUACUAUUUAAUCUAUGAAACUCCAGUUCAGUAUGACCCCUUCAAUAUGCGAACAGAAGAUUAUUUGUCUUCAAUCGACUCAGCCGACCCAUUAGGAAGUACUAAGCCAGCCAAUGUCCGUGGAGAUUUCCCUGAUAUCCGUGAAGACUCAACAGCUGGGGAAGACUUAUCAAUCCAGCCACCAAUAGACAGUAUCCUUCAAUACCCAAAUAAAUUCGCAUGGCCAGAUCCAGACGAGGAAAUAUCAAAAAAGAUUAUGCUUGCGGAAGAAGAAGCAAUAAAAUCAAUGAAUGAACUCAUGGAAUCUGUUACUCAGAUAUCUGUAAUGAACUCUGGUGCCGUUAUUAAUUCGACAGAUCUCCUCAAUAUCACCGAGAUUGAACUGCCAAAUCCGUCUCCGAUCCCGCGAAACUUCGCUAAUUUACGAGAGAAAGAUAGACUUCCUGAGAACACUCACUGUGACAAAGAAAGGAAAGACGGCAAUAAAUGUUGCGAUGGACGAUUGGCUUCCACGAUGAGAGAUGCGAUGAGACAUAUGGCCACGUCGCCAGACUUUGGAAAAGGGAAGGAGGAUAUCAUUGCGGCAGAAUUGCAACAAAAGGUGCAGCAGAGAUUCAAAAAAUCAUAUGAAGUAAUUGUUUCCCGAUCAGAUUUUGUAGUAUCCACUUAUAACGCCGGUGACACUUUCUGUAAAUUUGAUAACAAAGGAUUCUUUAUACUGGCGUACGCCACCCCCAAGCAAUACGAUAUUGAUGAGAAAGAAGAUGAAAAAGAAUUGGCUGCAACUUCGAAUAAAGAACCACUUGGGUCCAAUAAAACAAUGUUUGAUAAUGAAGCACCAUGGCAUAUUCCACUUCAAUUGGAAACUUCUGGAGAGCGGGCGGGCUACCCUGUUGGAUCACAUUGCACUGCCGCUAGAACUGGCUCAAAGUGUUGUAGUUUGAUUUUGUUCAAUGCAAUGAAAUCCGGAUAUGACUCCCAUGUCGCAACAUCUAAUUUUGAUCCCUAUGACAUCCGAAAUAUCUCAAAAGCGGUCCAAUGGAACGUGGAAGAAGUUUUACAACACUCCGCAGAAGUAAUAGUUUCGUUGGAUGACUUCACGUAUGCCACUUAUAACAAUAACAGUUACCUUUGCAAGUAUCGAGUUGACAAAUACUACGUUUUGGCGUAUACCACACCAAAUCAUGAUCUGGAUGACUAUGACGAGAUGGCUCUCGCUAAAAUCGAAAACGAACCGGAAGCACAGAUUGUGUAUCCGAGUGUUGAUAAAACAGCCAACCAGUUCAAGGUUCCUUAUCAGAACACACCUUCUCCAUACUGGACCACUCCUGUUCCUAUUCCAACUCAAGUAUUCCAACCAAUUCAAUACACUCAACAACCAAUGUACAACCAACAGCCAGUUUACAACCAGCAACAACAAAUAAUGUUCAAUCAACAGCCAUUGUACCUGCAACCUUCGUUUAAUCAGGCACCAUUGCCAUAUCAGUAUCCAGCCCAACCAUCCCAAUACAAUCCAUAUUUGGGAAACAAUUUCCAUCGGUCUAAAAGACAAAUUGGCGCUACCCCGUAUCCAAUUCAUCAAAACGUUUACAAUGAUAUUGGAAGUGCAAAGCCUUUCAAUUGUCCUGCAGAUCUGAGCGGGCUGGCGGGUAUGGCCUGCUGCGAUGGAGGACUUCAGUUCGAAGCAAAUAAAGUUAUUGACCAAGCAAAACAGGCGCCUGAUUUCGAUAAGCAUAAUACCAGAAACUUGGCAAAGUUGAUGACUCGAGCAGUGCAGAAACGAUUUGGAACAACUUUCGAGUCAAUUGUUGCGGAAGCUGAUUUUUCUUGGGGAACUAAUAAAUUCAACGGAAGAACGUGUAAAAUUGAUAACGACGGGUACACUGCUUUGACCUAUCAGUCAAGCUCCAAACCACCCCCGCCAACCGACUUUCUUGAUAUUCCUAAUGACCCAACACUUGGUGGCCCAACUGGAUCCAGUGGUGGAGGAGGAGGUGGAGGCGCUGGUGGAAACAGUGGAGGAGGAGGAGGUGCUGGUGGAUCAGGAAGUGGAGGAGCCGCAAGUGCUAGUCAGUCGGGAGGAGGUGGUGGUGAUGGAGCUGGAGCCGGUAAUGGCGGAGGUGGAAAUGGAGGCGGUGGGAACGGAAAUGGUGGUGGCGGUAAUGGUAAUGGAGGUGGUGCCGGAGAUGGAAACGGAGCAGGUGGUGCUGGCAAUGGAAAUGGAGCAGGUGCUGGAAACGGUAAUGGAGCUGGAGCCGGUAAUGGAAAUGGAGCUGGAGCUGGAGAUGGAUCUGCUGCUGCCGCUGCUGCUCAAGCCCAAGCCGCUGCAGCAGCACAAGCUCAAGCCGCGGCUGCUGCACAACAAGCUGCCGCUGCUGCAGCUGCUUCUGAUGCUCAACAAGCUGCCGCUGCCGCUGCCGCAGCUGCCGCUAACAGUAACGACGCCUUUUCUGCUCUUGCUGCUGCCGCUGGAGGUGCUUGCUUCUCUUUGGAUACAUGGGUCACCACACCAAAAGGUAAAAAACGAAUGGAUCAGAUUGACAUUGGCGAUUAUGUGUUGACAGCUAGCCUUGAAAAGACCUAUUUUACUCCGAUUACUCUUUGGAUUCAUCGUGAACCUGAAAGAGUGCAAGAAUUCCUGACAAUUAUGACAGAAUACGGAAAAACUCUUCGGAUGACCGCACGUCACUUCAUGUACCGGAACAAAUGUGAAAAAUCCUACAAACAGUAUAUCAAAAUUUUACCACACGACGCGGAGGCCAUUUUCGCUGAAGAUUUGAGAGUGGGUGACUGUGUUGUUGUGAUGUACAGAGGGAAGUUCCGACAACAGAAGAUUGAGAGCAUCACUAAGAACAUCAGAACAGGAAUUUAUUCACCGCUGACCAAUAACGGACGGAUAAUUGUGAACGAUAUGCUAGCUUCAUGUUAUAGUGAAAUACAACAAAACACACUUCAAACUACAUUCUUCUGGGCAUAUGAUCGACUCCGUAACAAAGUUGUAGAGGUCUUCGGGGACCUUUACCAUAAUAAGAUUGAACUCCCAACCGGAACAUCGCUAUCAAAGGAAAUAAUGAGUCUAGUUCUUCCAAUCAGAAAAUAA